GGACGCGCGAGGUCACUCGAAGAGUUGCGACGGACGUGAAGAUGGAGAUGAACAAGGCGACGCUGCGGAAGAUCUGCAAGGACCUGGACCUGUACAGCACGCCCAGCAUCAACGAUCGGUUGUAUUUGCAUUACAAGGGCUUUCGUCGCAUCGAAAACUUGGAGGAGUACACAAACGUCAAGGUCAUCUGGCUCGAAGGCAACGGAUUCAACAAGAUUGAAGGGCUCACCGCAUUGCGGGAGCUCCGGUCGCUGUUUCUCCAUGAGAACCUCCUGGAAACGAUCGAAGGGCUCGAGUCCCAGAUUCAUCUGGACACGUUGAACUUGACGCAAAACCACAUCGCCAAGAUCGAGAACCUCAGUCACAUGACGGCGCUCACCAAUUUAUCCUUGAAGGGCAACUACCUCCGCACCGCACAAGACAUUGAACACGUGCUGCAGAUCCCGAGCCUGUCCGUCUUGGACAUCCAAAGCAACCGCAUUGCCGACCCCGCUGUGCUCGAUAUUUUGGCUCAAAUGCCAAACCUCCGCGUGCUCUACUUGCAGGGCAACGAUGUGGUCAAGCACAUCAAGCAGUACCGAAAGACCGUCGUGGCGCGGUGCAAGAACUUGCGGUACUUGGAUGACCGCCCCGUCUUUGACGACGAGCGGCGCCGGGUUAACGCAUGGUACAAGGCGCUCGAGGAGACCAACGGCGACAUGGAAGCGGCGCUCCAGGCCGAGCGCGACGAGUUGGCGGUGAUCCGCCAGGAGAAGAAGGACAAGGACGAGGCCAACUUUCGAUACUUUGAAGAAAUCAUGCGCCAAGGCAAGGCUGAGCGCGACCGCCGCGAGAAGGAACAAAACAAUCAGCUGGACGAGCGGUCCCCAUACAGCGGCGAGAAGAUCCUUCCGGCCGAGGACUGCAAGCUCGUGCGGGAAGCUCGGGAGCGACGAUGGGCGGACGUCGUAAACGACACCGUGCCGGUCCCACAUGAACUAGCCAUGCCUCCACCACCGCCGUCCAAGUUGGAGCCGGUCGAAGUUGACGCGGAGCGGCUCAAGUUGCUCCACAACUGUGCCGUCGUUGGCACGGGCGCGACGGCUGCGAUGGAUGCGUUCGUGAGUGAAAACUUUACCCUGGCAAAGGAGAAGGCGUCCACGAAGAUCGAAGAGUUCAAAAACAUGGACGGACCGCGUGGAGGAUUCGCGGCAAGGCUUGCGGCCGCGCAGGACGACGUCGCCACGACGACGAAAGCUGUUGUAGCUCACACCAACAUGACCGAGCUCGACUAGAUUUACCACGUUAUGAAGAGACUGGUAUUGCAAUGACCCAGUGGACGCGGUUGAUACAUGGCUCGCUGGACGCUGCCGCAAACUACUCGGAGUUGCACGAGCGGGACAGCAGAUGUGGCGCAUACCCCGCUCAUGUAUCUGGAUCGAUGGAGUCGCUUAGGACGAUGGAGGAAGCGUCGCUCUCGCUGGCCACGCGCCGCACGUUUUGCAAAAGUACUGAUCUAAACGGUCGAGCUGGAAGCCGCACUGAAGGCACGGGUCCGAGUCGUGUCGACGGACGCGGCACGUCCACUCAGUUCCGUCCUCCGGCGGCCCAAAGAUUGAUCGAAAUACUGCGUAGUAGUGCAUGUGCUCUGCGUUGCGGAGCGUGAUGCCGUCUUGGUCGAGCACGCGCUGGCGAUCUUGGUCAAAGGUCGGCGGCUCCUUGAAGAGCUUGCCGAGCGGCGUCGUGCCCGCUCCUGAAUCAUGCCACAUUAGCCAAACGCGCGAUUUUUGGGAUUGAGUACCUGUCUCUAGCGGAACUUUGUCGCGCCAUCUCGAAAACGCUUCGGGAAAGGCAGCACGAAGGACAAAUUUGCCGUGGACUGCGCCUCCGUGAGUCGCGACUAGAUCAUCUUUCGUGCAAGAUAGCGCAAACGCCACGACGUCGGGCUGGAUGAAGGGCUGGUAGACAGAGAUACCGAGCGCUUGGCCGAGCUUCGUGGCGCAGAAUUGCAUAUGGUUGGCAGCACGAUUCCUCCACGCCUGGAGUUUCUCUUCGCUCAAGUUCGUCACGAAGGAAUACCCGGCAAACAUUUCGUCAGCGCCAUCACCAGUAACGAUGGAAGUGAUGCCAAGGGAUUUGGCAUGCAGGAGUGCACGCGCGAUGGCGACACCGCCGCGGAGUUCCAUGGGGUCGAACGUCUCCAAUGUCUUGACUGCGAGGUGCAACGCUCCUGAAGGAGAAGGAUCCAUAAUAGACAGAGUAUCAGCUAUGGACACCACGUGGUGCGCCAUCUUGGCGCGGUGGGCUAUCUCCUGCGCAUAGGUCAAGUCAUGCUUGGGGUUCGUGAUGUCUCGUCCACAAGACACAGUGAUGGCAUCAACGAACUUCCGCCCACCAAUGGCUUCCGCAAUGAUAGAUGUGUCUAGACCUCCCGAGAGGAGGAUACAAGUCGCAUCGUGCGGCGCCGAUGCGAUCGCAUGAAGAACAACUCGUCGCGCUUCGAUCGCCUUCGCAUGUUUCUCGAACACUUCAUCGUUUUCCAUGGAAGUCCGACCAAGCCCGUGUG